AUGGAGUCUUAAACAAACAAUUAAGAACUCAAAUAAUAGCAAGCAAUGCAGCUAAAGGAUAAACCUAGGAGUUGGGUGAAAAGAAGAUCUCUAAGUAAAUAAGAUAGACCUUAGAAUUUUAAAACAAUUAAUAAGUAAGAUGACAAUUAAUCGCCAGAAGUAAUCAAAUUUGAAUAAAGUCUCAAAGCAAAAAUAAUGAUGUCACUUGUUAAUGAAUUAAUUUUCAACAAUGUGCUCAAUAAUAACUUCUGGAAAGAAUACUCGCAAUACAUUUAUGAUCACUACUCUGAUGAGACAAACAAGAAUACGGAGUUCAAAAUUCCUUUGCAAGAGCUUUCCCUUUAUUUCGUUAUUCUAAAGCGAGUUUCAUAUAAAGAAAAUUUAGAUAUUACCAAAACAGGAUUAGCUAGGAUUAUAAAGUAGCACUUUCUGAGAUAUGACAGUUUAGAAUUGGACUAAAUUGAUGAUUACUUAAAUAUCGUCAAAAACCUUAUGAGGAGUAGCUAUUAAAUGAGGUUGAUGUGCGAUAAGCUAAUCAUUCAAAGAACACUUACCUUUUUUGUUAAUUCUGCUCAAUCACUUUCUAGAAGCCAAAUGUUUGAUAUUUUAUUUUCACUUUCACAAGUAAAGUUUGAUAGGAAUUCAUUAGCCUAUUAAUUCUGCAAUACUUUUAUAAAUACUGCGCAGGCUCAUCUUGAAUCUUUAAAAGUAGAGGAAAUGGCUAUUAUUUUAAGAACAAUUAAUUAGCAUCAUCUUAAUCAUUAAAGCGUUUAAGUCUUUGAGUAUGCUUGUAGGUCAUUAUUGAUGACCACUUUUAAUGAGAUAUAAUAAGAGUAGAAUUUGAAGAGAAUAUUCUUCACUCUACACUAUAUAGAUGAUUUAAUCGUUUUAAUUGAAGCCUCUCUACUUCUUCAUAAAUUGAAUCCUACUGAAAAUAAAGUUGAAACUAUUAUAGAAGCUUUGAGUCUAAUAACCUCCUAACCAGAAUCAGUUUAGUUACAGCAUUUCAAAAAAUUAUAGCAUCUAAUAAAUUCUAAUGAAAUUGAGCUUAAAGAUCCUUAGGUUCAAUAAUUCUUUUAGUAUUACAUCUAGAAAAAUUUUAGCCUGAUGCCUACAGACAUGAAGCUGAAUUUAGUUUAACUUUAAAAGAAUAUAGGUUUCGAGCUAUAAGGAAUUUCAGAAUCAAUAGAAAAAGGGUUUGCGGAGGAAAUGAGUGAUAUAUAAUACAUACCUAAGAAUUCUAUGGGAGUAUAUAUUUAAGGGCUAAUUGAGAAAGAGGACACAAAUAAUUUAAGUGAUGAAACUAAGAACAAAAUUUUGUUAGCAAUUGAUCAGUGUUCACCUAAUUAUCUUGUUACAAUAAGUGACACCCUAAUUGAAGGAGGAAUUGAUUUUGAAUCACAUCCAGAAGCAUGGAGUAGAAUUGCUCGAGUUGUCAGUGAUGAUUCUGCUGUCAUUGGAGAUUGGUAAUUUAAAAAGAUCGCCAUAAAUUUGGCGUACGCUAAAUACAAUGGUACUUUAGAAAGAAUUAUUGAGAGAUUUCUAAAAUUAUCUUUUUAAUCAGACUUUUUGUCCUGCCUCUUAUAUAGAAACAUUAUGCUUAAAAACUAUCCAGACUAAGAAAUAUAAAUUGCUUAAAUUGAAGAAAGAGCUCAAAAUCUCCUAUAUCAUAGCGUUUAGAGUAAAACAGUAGAAUUAUACAAUCCCAUGCUGAGAGAAAGUUUAAAAAGAUCAAAAUUUAUUCAAAUGAGUACAAGAAGCUACACAACCAAAUUGAUAAGAGGUUUUAAAAUGCUUAUUUGA